CUUGGUACACAAUAGUACCUCUCUCACUUUGUCCAUACUAACCUUUUUUCUCUCUAAGGUUUCAUGGAGUUUAAUCAAAAUUUCUUUGAGGAUUUCACUUAUCUUUCUGGGACUAUUUAUGAAAAUCCAUGCAUAAAGACAGAGAUAUCCACCAUGGUUCCCAUGCAACAAAAAUCCCUCCUUGUAUAUCCUCCAUUGAAAAAUGAAAUUUUAUACAAGAACGAUUUCCACCAUCUUCAAUCCUUAAAAGAUAUUACAAACACAUUCUGCUCCAUGGCAUUUGUACCAAACAAGAACCAAGUGGAGGAUAUUCAUGCUUUUCCAAACAACCACAAUAGCUUAUGGGAUUUAUCUCAGAAAAACCAAGUUCAAAUUGAUGAUGCUUUCGUACCAUCAUUAAUUUAUGAUGCAUCUCUAUUGGUGCCAAUGAAUUUCAAGCUCCAGGAUGAGCUUUCAACCUUAACUCCAACGGAAAAUGCUCACUGGAACAAUAUUCAAAAUCCUUUUCUCAACAACCAAAUGCCCCAAAAAAAGGGACUAAGGAGGAAAGGCAACAUUCAACAAAGUGUUACCGAAAUAAUCAAAGGCCAGUGGAGUGCAGAUGAGGAUAUGUUACUAACACAGCUAGUUGAACUCUUUGGGUUUAAAAAUUGGACCUACAUAGCAACACUAAUCAGCGGUAGGAUAGGAAAGCAAUGUAGAGAGAGAUGGUUCAAUCAUCUUCAGCCGGAUAUUAAGAAGGACUCCUGGGAUGAAGAAGAGGAUAAACUACUAAUUGAAGCUCACAAGCAAGUUGGAAAUAAGUGGGCUGAAAUUGCAAGGAGGCUCCCCGGCCGCACUGAGAACACAAUUAAGAACCACUGGAACGCCGCUAAGCGAAAGAAGAGUAGCAAGAGACAACCCAGGAAGAAGAAGAACCAGACUUACUUUGGGGAAUCAUUGCUUGAGCGCUACGUCAAAGAGGUCACUGCAGCUGAUGCGGCAAAAAAGCAGCUAAAGAAAUCCAUGAAACAGUUGAAAAUAAAGAAUGAGGAUUACAACCUGCAGCAGAAUGCAUGCAUCACUGGGUAUGGUGGCAAUAUACCAGUGAAGUUCAGUUCUAAUGAAAUUGGGAAUGGUUCUGUUCUGAUUGAUGGCACAGAGAACUAUGUUCCAAUGGAGCUUGAUAUGAUUGGAAUUGAGGCCUACAUGAACUAGGCGUGGAUCUCGUUUAGUUGGUAAACUAGAAAUUUCAUGCUUUUAAUAAAGAUGCAUUUAUAUGCAAGGUCGCCGGAUAUGGAAACUGUUCAUCCUGUUUUGUUCUGUUUUUUAUUUUUAUUUUUAGUUUUUUAAUCUUGUGUAUUGCGGCAUGGAUUUUAUUUUGUAAUGUGAUGUCGUACCUUUUUUAUUCAGUAAUUUUCGUUCUCGAAUGUUCUUUUGAGUAUUUUUCAUUUGGAUGAAUUAGUUUGUGUUGAUUUUUGGUGCAGAACUGCAGAUACAGGGCUAUAAGUCCAUCUUUCCCCAUGUUUUUAUGUGUGUAUCAUGCUAGAAU